AUGGUGCCUGGCCACCUUGUAACUCGCAUCAUACAAUGCACUAUAGGACCCAUAUUGUGGUCGGACCACGCACCGACCACGCUAACCCUUCAAAACGCAUUCCCACAUAGAGGGACACCGCGGCGUCUAAAUGACUCCCUCCUACAGGACGCUAGCUUUAUCACACACUUAACAAAAGAUCUGGAGGACUACUUUACACUUAAUGAAAACCAGGACAUCUCCCCGCUUUCUCUCUGGAAAGCCCAUAAGCCCACAAUAAGGUUAAUCAGUAGAGCCUCAUUCCUAAAACGUAAAGCCCAAAGUGACUACCUAGGUCUAUUGCGCUUGUUAAGUGAUGCGAUGAAUGCUCAUGCUAUACAACCAGCAGACAGACACCUGCACACAAUAGCCGACACAACUAAAUGCAUAAAUGAAAUACAUCUAGCCAAAACUGCCCACAUACUCAAACGCCUGAAAAUGACUAGCUAUUCUCAGGGAAACAAAGCAGGGAAAACACUUGCCACGAUGCUGAGAAAGAAACAAACACAAUCCAAAAUUCCCUACUUAAUAACAAACACUAACAAAAAAACUAUACAACCCCAAGAUAUCAGUGAUGAAAUGGCCAACUUCUACCAUGCCCUGUAA